CAACAGACACGUUGGAGUUUUAACAAACAGCAAUACUCUUCGCGCUCUUGAAAAGCAGGGCUGGGCGCUCUCCGCGGUGCUGAAACGCUUCGCCGCGGCGGCGGCGGCGGCUGCUGUCCGUCGUACCUCCAGCCCCAUCGCUCCAGUUUCCCGUGGGGCUUUCCCUCCGCGCCCGUUUCCCACCUCCUCUCAGCAUCUGGAUUAUCUUUUCCAUAGCGCUCGCUGGUUUGUAAGUGCCAAUUUUAAACAUUUUUUGCCCCCAUAACUCGUGGACUACAAAGCACAAGGACCUGAAAAAUGUACAGCUUCAAUACUCUUCGACUCUACCUUUGGGAGACCAUUGUAUUCUUCAGCCUUGCUGCUUCUAAGGAGGCUGAAGCUGCCCGCUCCGCACCCAAGCCUAUGUCUCCCUCGGACUUCCUGGAUAAGCUAAUGGGGAGAACCUCUGGAUAUGAUGCCAGGAUCAGGCCCAAUUUUAAAGGUCCCCCGGUGAAUGUGAGCUGCAACAUUUUCAUCAACAGCUUUGGUUCCAUUGCUGAGACAACUAUGGACUAUAGGGUCAACAUCUUCCUGAGGCAGCAGUGGAAUGACCCCCGGCUGGCCUACAACGAAUACCCGGAUGACUCGCUGGACCUGGACCCGUCCAUGCUGGAUUCCAUCUGGAAACCUGACCUGUUCUUUGCUAACGAGAAGGGGGCCCACUUCCACGAGAUCACCACAGACAACAAGCUGCUGAGGAUCUCCCGGAACGGGAAUGUCCUCUACAGCAUCAGAAUCACCCUGACACUGGCCUGCCCCAUGGACUUGAAGAAUUUCCCCAUGGACGUCCAGACAUGUAUCAUGCAACUGGAAAGCUUUGGAUAUACCAUGAAUGACCUCAUCUUUGAGUGGCAGGAGCAGGGAGCUGUGCAGGUGGCAGAUGGACUAACUUUGCCCCAGUUUAUCCUGAAGGAAGAGAAGGACUUGAGAUACUGUACCAAGCAUUACAACACAGGUAAAUUCACCUGCAUUGAGGCCCGGUUCCACCUGGAGCGACAGAUGGGCUACUACCUGAUCCAGAUGUACAUUCCCAGCCUGCUCAUUGUCAUCCUCUCGUGGAUUUCCUUCUGGAUCAACAUGGAUGCUGCACCAGCCCGUGUGGGCCUGGGAAUCACCACUGUGCUCACCAUGACUACCCAGAGCUCUGGUUCCCGAGCAUCCCUGCCCAAGGUGUCCUAUGUGAAAGCCAUUGACAUUUGGAUGGCAGUGUGCCUACUCUUCGUGUUCUCGGCCUUGCUUGAGUAUGCUGCUGUCAACUUUGUGUCUCGACAGCACAAAGAGCUGCUCCGAUUCAGGAGGAAGCGAAGACAUCACAAGAGCCCCAUGUUGAAUCUAUUCCAGGAGGAUGAGGCUGGAGAGGGCCGUUUCAACUUCUCCGCCUACGGGAUGGGCCCAGCCUGUCUGCAGGCCAAGGAUGGUAUCUCGGUCAAGGGCGCCAACAAUAACAACACCACCAACCCGCCUCCUGCGCCAUCGAAGUCCCCGGAGGAGAUGCGAAAACUCUUCAUCCAGAGGGCCAAGAAGAUCGACAAAAUAUCCCGCAUCGGCUUCCCCAUGGCCUUCCUCAUCUUCAACAUGUUCUACUGGAUCAUCUAUAAGAUUGUCCGCAGGGAAGAUGUCCACAACCAGUGACGGGUCCGGGAUGGGGGAGGCUGGGAAAGCGCACAGUGAGAAUAGCACAGGAAUCUGAGAGCCUGAGGAAGUGAGGGGAAGAGAGGGAGGGGGCACACAUGCACAAGUCUCUCUUUCUCUGCAGUAUGUGCAACAGCAAAAGGCAGGGAUGCAUGAAUCUUA